AUGAGGGUUGAAAGGGGUAAGGAUGAGCGUGACGAAGGAAGGGGUGCUGCCAGCGGAGGUGUAGGGGCAGAGUUACUCGAUGGCCAAAGAGCCUACUUCAAAACCGGUGCCACCAGAUGUCUGAAAGCACGACGUCAGACAUUACAGACAAUGAAGAAGUUGUUGGAAGAGAAUCGCGAGCAAAUAGAAGCAGCGAUUCGUAAGGAUCUUGGCCGG